CCCUGUCUUCCUUGUCUUCCCUGUUUUUCUGUUUAUUUCUUAGCUUUCCCACAUUCCCUUCUCCAUGAAUCACUGUCUCUGUGCUGUGCCUGCCCCACUGUCUCCCCCCCCACCCCCACCUCCUCUGUCCCUUUGUCCACAUUCAUCUUCCUUCUCCUUCCCCAUCUUUCCUUAGUCUCUCUCCCUCUGACACUUGUCUCUCGGGUCUGUGUUUCUCUGACUCUUUCUCUGGUUCUCCACCUUCUUAUGUUACUUCUCUUACAUUUCCCAGUCUUCUCUGUGUCUCUUUACCCCCAACCCUUACCAGCACCUUCCCCUGAGCCACCCACUCUGUCCACCCUGCCCUGGGGUCCCCCUCCCUCCCUGGGUUCCUCCCAGAUUAAACACCUUCCCUGGGCGGGUUCUCAUUAAUGUGGUGGCUGCCUCUCUGACCAGAGAAGGGAGGGAGGAGAUGGGACCAGGGAGUCUUGGAGUCCUGGAAUGGGAAAUGGGCAAUAAAAAAAAUGUCAGGAGAAGGGCGGGGGUGGGGGAGGCAGGGCCUGUUGCCCCGGCCAGGGAUAAAAGGGCUCCACAGAGUGACAAGGAAUCAAGGCACCACCCCCCUUCCUGCACACACAGAGACGCAUCCACGUCUUGAAGGGUCUUGGUCUCUGUAACCUGACCUCCAGACCCCAGAAUGCUCCUCCUGCUGACAGCACUCCAGAUCAUGGCUCUAGCCAUGGCACAGAGCCAAGAGGAUAAGGACAAGAUACUUGGUGGUUAUACAUGCAUCCAGAACUCCCAGCCAUGGCAGGCGGCCUUACUGGCAGGUCCCUUUCGUAGUUUCCUCUGUGGAGGGGUCCUGCUGUCAGGCCAAUGGGUCAUCACCGCUGCUCACUGUGCCCGCCCGAUCCUUCAUGUAGCCCUGGGCAAGCACAACCUGAAGAAUUGGGAGGCUACCCAGCAGGUGCUGCGUGUGGUUCGCCAGGUGCGACACCCCCAGUACAACUCCCGGACCCACAACAACGACCUGAUGCUGCUGCGGCUGGAGCGGCCUGUUCGGCUGGGGAGGGCGGUGAAGCCCAUUGCCGUGGCCAGUACCUGCAUGAGCCCAGGGACCCCCUGUCUCGUGUCUGGCUGGGGCACCACAUCUAGCCCCGUUGCCAGGUACCCCAACUCCCUGCAAUGCGUGAACAUCAACAUCUUCUCGGAUCAAGAGUGUCAGGGGGCUUAUCCCGGAGCCAUCACUGCCGGCAUGGUCUGUGCAGGUGUUCCCCAAGGAGGGAAGGACUCUUGUCAGGGCGACUCAGGGGGACCCCUGGUGUGCAAAGGACAGCUCCAGGGCCUCGUUUCCUGGGGGAUGGAGCGUUGUGCCCUGCCCGGCUACCCUGGGGUCUACACCAACCUGUGCAAGUACCAGACCUGGAUCCAGAAAACCAUACGGAGAAGAUGGUUGUUGGUAUGACUUAACAUCAGCUGCCCAGCUGUCUCCCCAGACCCUGCUCUCUCCACUCAAGACCCAGGAGUCCCAGCCCCCAGCCCCCCAGCCCUCCUCCUCCCUCAGACCCAGGAGUCUGGGCCCCCACCUUCUUGAU